AUGGGGCCCCCGGGCAAUAGGGGAUCAUGGGGCCCCUGUGUCCUUGCCCAAACUCAAAAAAGCCUAUCAAAAAGGAUGAACCUGCAGAGAACGAAUUAUCCUCAUAGAGGACAAUCCCAAUUCAAAAAAGCAAAGAAAUCCUAUACAUGUGAGGAAAUAUUUCUGCCCUGAGCAGGAGCGGACUGACAACUCAUGGGGGGUCCCCGGGCAAUAGGGGAUCAUGGGGCCCCUGUGUCCUUCCCCAAACUCAAAAAAGCCUAUGAAAAAGGUACCAGGGGCAUCUCAUGGGGCCCCCUACUGACCCCAAGCCCUCGGGCAGUGCCCAAGUUUCCAAAUAGUCAGUCCACCCCUGAUCCUGAGCUAUAUCAAUGGUGUAGCUUUAUA